CAAUCCUUUGCGGUGGUUCAAGAUGACGGCGCCCAGAGGUUCCAUGAGCGAUGAGGAGAGCAGCAGCGGCGGCAGCGAUGCCGAGGAGCUGCCGGAGAAGAAAAGAGCCGUUUUCAUUAUUUCCACAGAUGCUGCAAAUAAUCAGUUGCCAACUACCCAGCCGAGCCUCAGGCAUAAGGUGGAUGAGCACGAACAAGAUGGCAAUGAACUUCAGACCACCCCCGAAUUCCGAGCCUACGUAGCCAAGAAGCUGGGAGACCUGCUGGACAGCUCCAUUACCAUCUCAGAAGCUGUGAAGGAACCAACAAAGGCUGAGGUACAGAAAGCCACCCCAGGGGAUGAUGGCUUCCGCCUCUUCUUCACCUCCGUCCCCGAAGGCCCUGAGGAGACAGCUGCUCCCCAGCCCCGCCGAAAGCGACUGCCUUCCCGCUCCAGCAGUGAGGACAGUGAUGAGGAGUGGCAGCGGUGCCAGGAGGCAGCUGUGUCAGCCUCUGCCAUUCUGCAGGAGUCCGCCAUUCAUGGUCCUGUCAAGGUGGAAAAAGAAGCAAAGAAGAAGAAAAGGAAGUUGAAAAAGAAAGCCAAGAAGGAGGCCAGCACGGACUUGACCACAGCCACCACCAUCACAAGCAAGGCCACAGCCGGGAAGCAGGGAAAGGAGUCAGCCAAGCUCAACGGAGACCUUGUGUCACUUGGAACCAAAAAGAAGAAAAGGAAGAAAAAGGCAAAGAGGGCCAUUGAGGCUUCCCCGUUCCCACCAUCGAAGAGCGCAGCAGCCGCGUCUGCACACUGACCAGGUGCACGGCGGGCCCAGCUAGUCCCCGGGAUGAGAUGCCCACUGGGACGAGGCAUUUCCAGGUGCUGCCUCCCUCUCCACGUUCAGGGACUUGGCUGUAAGUCCAGACUCUGCCCAUGAAUGGGGCUUGCCCAAGAGUCGGGGCAAAGCCUUGGUUGUAGAGUGAGAAGCCUAAGCAAGGGCUGCCCUCCUGUGCUCCCACUGGGGCUGGGGCAGACGUGUGGUACCAGAACGUUCCGUGGUCUCGGAAGAAGGAGCCUAUCAAGGCUGAUAGCCGAGCGGUGACGCUUCCAUCUCCCCAGGGCUGUCGGAGGAGGUGAGUGAAGGGAGACCCACCCUCCUCCUCAGCCUGGUGUGGGAGACAGUCUUAAGAAAAUGAGGGAAGAGGUCCCUGAGGUGUCAAGGCCCAAAGAGUUAGUGCUUCUCCCCUAUGCCCUGUGACUGGAUAUAACAUUGUCUGAAAAAGAAGGAGAGAUUUCCCCCCUCAUUUUCCAGAAGUUUCUCUACAUUUGUGAACAUACCACGAUCAUAUCCCAACCAGGUUAUCGAAAAUUAAGGGUCAGACCCAGCACGGAACUAAGUGAUUGGGUGCUGCCUCCAGCAGUGCUGACUGCUGAUGAGACAUUUUAAAUCAGCACCACACAGGAGGGUCCCUGCCCCGGCUGCAGGCUACGGAAGUGCCACAGGCCUUGUGGACUGGGCUUCAUGCACGAGGCCUAUUCAAGGAGCAGGAGGCCAAGGUUAAGGUAAAAUUCUGGCAUCGUCGCAUAGAUUCGGCAGAGCAAGAACGACAGGUGGCCCCUGAGAGUCUGCGUGUGCUGGACCCAUCUCUCCUCUGGCUCCUGGCCCACCUCUGCCUCCCUCUGCCUGCCCAGCCCCAUUGGGCGAUGGGGGACAAGCAAGAAGUUUCCAGUAUGUUCCUCGUUUACUUUAUUAAAAGUUAAAUAAU